AUGUCGCAGGUUACAGCGAGGCACUCAUUCCGGUCGUUCAUAUGGGAUACCGACACACAUCUCAAGUCUGUUGAAGAGCGAAAGCUUCUGCGAAGGCUUGAUGCUGCUAUUCUCAGUAUUGGAUGCUUGGGCUUUUUUUUGAAAUAUCUCGACCAAAACAAUCUCACCAAUGCCUAUGUUAGUGGCAUGCAAGAAGACCUAGAGAUGUUCGGCGAUCAAUACACCUAUGCUCUGUAUGACUUUCGCUUUCUGGUUGGGCUUUUCGAAAGUUCAUUUUUCCCUUGUAUGCUCUUUAUACUUGGCUCGUGGUAUACCAAGACUGAGCUCGCGAAGCGUAUUGCUAUAUUUCACAUGACUGCGCCGCUCGGAACAGCGUUUAGCGGUUAUCUGCAAGCUGCGGUUUACACAAAUCUUAACGGACGCCAUGGGCUUGCAGGCUGGCGAUGGCUCUAUAUUGUAUGUGGGAUCAUGACUCUUCCUGUUGGAUUUGCAACAAUAUUUCUUCUCCCGGAUACACCCCAUACCACUCGCGCCUGGUACUUAACUAAAAACAAAUGUGCGCUUGCAAUUGAACGAGUCGAGAAGGCUGGAAAGGCGACCCCUGUACCAAUAACACGGGCCAAAAUUAGACGCAUGUUCACCAGAUGGAGGUGGUAUGCGCUUGUGUUGGGAUAUAUCCUGUACGGAACGAGUUGUGCAGCAAGUAGCUAUUUUGCUAUUUGGCUUAAAUCCGAGAAAUUCUCUGUCACUUUGAGGAACGUCAUCCCAUCAGAUUACUCUGGAAGUCGUUUUGCAUUUGUGAUUGGACCAAUGACCUAUGGGCCGAUUCCCAAUGGUAUUCUUGCCAUUUGGCCAAAAAGCGUGAAAUUGAAAGAGUUUGCUUUUCUCACAGACGAUGGGACUAUUAGUUAUGCAUGGGCAAAUGAGAUAUGUGCAGGAGAUAGCGAGGAGCGAGCUAUUGUUCUAAGCAGUAUGAAUGGGUUGCAGUACGCUGUCAGUAUCUUUGGCCAUUCGGCUUCAGCAGGAUUACUUACUUGUGUGAUCGCAGGUAGCUGCAUGGCUCCCAUUGUCAUCUUUCCGCAGACCGAAGCACCCACAUUCCGUCGUGGCUUCCCAGCUACAUUCGGAUUUGUCAUCGCUGCUCUCCUUGCCAUCUUACUUAUCCAGUUCCUCCACACGCGCGAGUUGAAGCAAACAGCAGAAAUAAACCACGAAGAUACCGAAGCAAUAAGUUCUGAGGAGGUAUUACAUAUCGACGGUGGACCAACUAAGGGAUUUGAGAGUGGCGAGUCCCGCGGAGCACCAACAGGUGGAGCUGUUGUUUCCUGA